AUGACGAUCGUCACGCCUCUGUAUUCUUUAGUCAAUCGCAUCAGUGCGAUGACCAUGAAAGAAGCUUCGGAGUCGUCUCCACAAGCCCACUUUGAACUGUUGCAAAUGAUCGACCAGCUAAGAGCGGCAGUGGAAACUCCCACAGAGACCGUUUUACGUCUGAUUUACCAGCCCCCGCAAAAUGCAGCGUUGCGGACUGUGAUAGAGUUGGGUAUCUUCGCCGUGUUGGUGGAGAAGCGGCACAGAGAGACGGGAGUCUCUGCCACUCAACUGGCCGAACAUACGGGCGCCGAGCCUGAUUUGAUUAUCCGUUUGAUGCGUGUCAUGACAUCGCUCGAGCUAUGUACCUCGACUUCGGAGGUCUAUUUUGCCAAUGAGAAGACAGUGGCGCUCACCCAACCGAUUGGCAGAGAUGGGAUUCCAUGCAUAUAUGAUCUCACAGUGCCAACUUUGAGCAAAUUGCCCGAGUACCUCCGGUCUCACGAUUAUAUCAAUCCUCAGGACUAUACUCGCUCACCCAUGCAAUGGGCGGUUGGCCAAAGCCAGUUUGAAUGGCUGGCACGUAACCAACAGCAGCAGACGCUGUUCAAUUCCUAUAUGGCCAGCCGUCGCGAGGGCAGACCCAUGUGGUUCAACACAUACCCCGUUGAGCGACUGCUUGGCGAUGCCGUGCCAUUUGAAGACACCGUAUUCUUGGUCGACGUUGGAGGUAACCAGGGCCACGAUUUGAGCAAGUUCCGCAGAGAAUAUGGUCAUUUGCCAGGGAAAUUGAUCUUGCAAGACCUGCCCAGUGUGGUCGAAGGGGUCUCCGGUCAAGACGCUGGGGUUGAGGUGAUGGGAUACAGCUUCCUGGAGCCCCAGCCUGUCAAAGGAGCACGAGUAUACUAUUUCAGAGCCAUCUUCCAUGACUGGCCCGAUCACAUCUGCCAGCAAAUCUUGCGUAACACCGUGUCGGCUAUGGCACGGGACUAUUCGCGCAUUCUUAUCGUGGACUUUGUUUUGUCGGACACCAAGACUCCGUUGAUGCAGGCUUCAAUGGAUAUUCAAAUGAUGAGCAUCGGGGCUGGUGUUGAAAGGUCGGAGCGACAAUGGAGAGAUUUGUUGCGCAGCGCUGGACUGGAGAUCGCUGGCAUUUGGAAUCAAAACCCAGGCAUGGAGUCGGUGAUUGAAGCUGUUCCAAUUAUGGUGUAA